UUCUACGCAUAGAAAAUCUUCAUAACAUCCUCUAUUUCUGCAACUCAACAUACUUGCCUUCCUCGACACUUGAAUUUUCAAGAGCGAAAUUUGAUAAAAUUUGAAAAAUGGGUUGUCCCCUGUUCUUCAUAUUGGGAAUCGUUGUGGUGUUGUUUGGUUGGACUGCAGCUGCAGAGACUUUGAGUUUAGAUACAAGUUGUCCAUUAACAUUCACAGUAGGUGAAACAAAAACCUAUCAAAUCUGCAACAAGCUGAGUUUAGGAGCUACCCUGUCAUAUAAUUACAGUGUAGAGAAUGGAUCGCUAGACAUAGCUUUCAAUGCUGCCCCUGCUACUUCAGGGGGGUGGGUAGGUUGGGGGAUAAAUCCAAAGGGGCUACAAAUGAUUGGAACACAGGCUCUGAUUGCCUUUCAAUCUGGUAAUGGCUCAACUGUAGUUCACACGUAUGAUGUUGUCUCUAAGUCUGAUGCUUUGAAUCCUUCAAAUAUUAGCUUCAAUGUCGUUGAGAAGAGAGCUGUGUACAAUGGUAGUAAUGGGAAGAUAACAAUAUUUGCGUCUCUGACACUUGGUUUCAAUCAGACCAGUAUCAAUCACGUGUGGCAAAUAGGCGGCUCAAUCAGCAACUUGAGUCCUGGCAUACACAGUACUGAUAUGGCCGAUCUCAACAGUUUAGAGACGCUCAAUCUCACGAGUCUCGGGCAACUCACUGACCAGAGAGGUGGCACCUCUCCUUUUCCUCCUCCGGGACCCGGUGCUGUAGUAAAUGCUCCUCUAAGCUCUCACAAAAGCAGCAGCGAGGGUCCUGUGACUGGAGCCGUCACUGGAGGGGUGGCUUUGUUGGUUCUCCUUGCUCUAUUUUGUUUUAUUUAUCGGUGCUAUAGUAGGUCAAGAUACGUUUCAUCUGCACCUAAGCAUUUCACAAUUGCUGAGAUGAAGAAGGCUACUAAUAAUUUUGAUGAGUCUCGAAUUCUUGGUGUUGGAGGUUUUGGUAAAGUUUAUGAAGGUGAGAUUGACUGUGGUAUCCAAGUUGCAAUUAAGCGAGGGAACCUAUCAGCAGGACAAGGCAUGGAUGAAUUUCGAACAGAAAUAGAAAUGCUUUCUAAACUCAGGCACCGGCAUUUGGUCUCUCUUAUUGGUUAUUGUGAAGAAAAAACUGAGAUGAUUUUAGUUUAUGAAUGCAUGGCCAAGGGAACACCGAGCAGUCAUCUAUAUGGAAAUAGCGACUUGAUUCCUUUAUCCUGGGAAGAGCGACUAAAGAUCUGUAUUGGAGCUGCUCGCGGUCUUCAUUAUCUUCACACGGGUGCUGCUCAGUCAAUUAUACACCGAGACGUAAAGACAACAAACAUACUUCUUGAUGGAAACUUGGUUGCAAAGGUUUCAGAUUUUGGAAUAUCAAAAUUUGGACCAGCUUCUGACCAUACCCACGUUAGUACUGACGUCAAAGGCAGCUUUGGAUAUAUGGACCCAGAAUACUAUGGCUCGCGGCAUCUCACUGAGAAAUCAGAUGUUUAUUCAUUUGGUGUUGUGUUGCUUGAGGUAUUGUGUGCACGUCGUGCUCUUGACAAUUCACUUCCACCGGAACAAGCAAACAUUGCUAAAUGGGCUUUGCCUUAUCAGAGAAAGGGAACGCUGGAGCAGAUCAUAGAUUCUCAUCUCAAAGGUAAAAUUAAUCCUGAAGCCCUUAAGAAGUAUGGAGAGGCUGCUGAGAAAUGCCUUGCCGAGCAAGGUGUUGAUAGACCAGCUAUGGUAGAUGUGCUUGGGAGUUUAGAACAUAUCACCCAGCUAUAUCACCCAGCUACUUCUGCUGUUGGAGAUGAAAGUACCUCAACAAACACAGCCGGCCAUAGUUCGCAUGUAUUUCCAGAAGCUGUUUUUUCAGAGCUGGUGAAUCAAAACGAGGGAGGUAAUUGAAAUGGCAAGGGGAAUAUCAUGUUUCUUUAUGUUGGAGUUACUGCAGCUAGCAAUGUCAGGACAAUCUUCUAUUCUUCAAAGAUCUGGAAUAUUCCAGUGAAGUGGGCCUUCUCGAAAAACACAGCUCAAAAGUGAUUUAAAUUUUUGGACUAUAUAUACAGCUAUACGUUGUGCAGGUCUUAUAAUUUCUUGCCUUGAUCAAAAAUUAAUUUUGCCCGCCUGAUUUUGGUUGGAGACGAUGUUGUUAUUUACCUACUUUUCAUGUUUACCUGAAUAAUGGUGUUUCAAAAUUUCUAAAUAUGAUGUAUUCUGAUCAAAUUCAUUCUUGACAAUCGUGCUUCUAUCAAAAUGAUAUCAUUUGGGAUAUUCAUGCUUUUCUUAAUUAUAUAUGGGCAUCAUGUUCUAAUAGGGGAUAGGUUUUAUAGCCAUGGGUCAAAACCUGCAGAGUAUUUCUGGUUUCGAUCCACAGCUUCUUUUUCCCUCAUUAUUGGCUUUCUUCAUAUGCGGGGACAAUACAAACUGCUCUGGUAUAAAUGAUUAUGUUGUGGUAUUGAAUUCAAUCUUCAAAGGAGACGACGUAUUAAGAUUCA